UUUGACCCCGCGACUCUUGGCCUUUUUUUCAAGAAAUCAACACCCGCCACAUUCGGUAUUUGGCAUUGGGGUCGACACAUUUUGCUGGCCCCAAUUCCCCACGGAUCAUUCCAGAAGACCGGCUCUGCGCGAAUAAUCAUGGCCGCACAAGCUGCAGAUGCGCUUGCCAAUCUGAAGGGUAACCAAGUUCUGAAAAUUCUACCCAAAAAAGUGCGAUUCGGGGACUAACUUCCAAAAGUGAAAGAUCCAGAGGCAGUCAUGGCAUCCGCCGCCGCCGCAAAAGCAAACGGUAACGGAAAUGCUGCGGAAGCAGAAGACUCAGACUCAGACGAGGCGGCUGGAGAGGGAGGAACAGACGCAGCAGCAAAGAAGAAGAGGAAGCGCAAGCGCAAGCCCAAGAAGGCAGGCGGUGCGCCUAAACAACAAUCCGAACCACCGCGCGUGCUUCUCUCGACGUUCUUCCCCAAUGGCGAGUAUCCCGUCGGCCAGGAAGUGGAGUACCGCGAUGAGAAUCUAUAUCGUACGACGGAUGAGGAGAAGAGACAUCUGGAUCGGAUGAACAAUGAUUUCUUGCAGGAGUAUCGACAGGGUGCUGAGAUCCAUAGACAGGUUCGGCAGUAUGCGGCGAGGAAUAUCAAGCCGGGACAGAGUCUGACGGAGAUUGCGGAGGGGAUUGAGGAUAGUGUGAGGGCGCUGACGGGGCACCAGGGACUGGAGGAGGGAGAUAAUAUUAAAGGCGGGAUUGCUUUUCCUACUGGUGUUAAUCUCGAUCAUAUUGCGGCGCAUUACAGUCCUAAUGCUGGGAACAAGACGUUACUGGCCAAGGAUAAUGUUAUGAAGGUUGAUUUUGGCGUGCAUAUCAAUGGGAGGAUUGUGGAUAGUGCGUUUACGAUGUCUUUUGACCCUAUGUAUGAUAACCUCCUCGAGGCAGUGCGGGAGGGUACGAAUACGGGGAUCAAGGAGGCCGGUAUUGAUGUACGAAUGUGUGAUAUUGGAGCCGCUAUCCAGGAGACCAUGGAGAGUUACGAGGUGGAGAUUAAUGGGGAGACAUUCCCUGUUAAGUGCAUUCGGAAUCUGAAUGGACAUGAUAUCCGCCAGUGGCAGAUUCAUGGUGGAAAGAGUGUCCCCAUUGUCAAGGGAAAUGAUCAGACCAAGAUGGAGGAGGGAGAAGUCUUUGCUAUUGAGACUUUUGGUAGUACGGGAAAUGGAUACGUUCGAGAUGAUGUAAGUUCCCUAUUCUCUCUUUGCAAGUUAAACUUUACUAAUGGCAUCUUAGUAUGAAACAUCACAUUACGCAAAACGACCAGAUGCCCCCAACGUCCCUUUGCGAAUCGCCUCCGCGAGCAAACUCCUCAAUGUUAUCAACAAGAACUUUGGAACCCUGCCUUUCUGCAGAAGAUAUCUGGAUCGUUUGGGUCAGGAGAAGUAUCUACUUGGAGUGCGUAGCCUCAUCCUCAUCCCUCUAAUUCCGUUCUUUUCUAACAUGUGUAGUUAAACAACUUGGUCUCGAGCGGUAUUGUAGAGGCGUAUCCUCCGUUGGUUGAUAAGAAGGGUUCUUACACCGCGCAGUUUGAACAUGUAAGUCUUUUAUAUACCCUUGUGUUUUUGGUGCAAGUGGGCUAAUUGAUACUACCUAGACUAUUCUGCUGAGACCGAAUGUUAAGGAGGUUAUUAGUCGGGGUGAUGAUUAUUGAAAUGGUGAGAAGCUUGGUGGGUGGAGCUUUGCAUGGUAGAGGUUGGGGUGAGGAUUUAUGGAGUUCAUACUGAUGCUUUAGUGAC